AUGUCGUCCGAGCCCGCAAAGCAGGCCAAUGACAGCGCGCUGAAGCCUCCAGCAGACAGCUCUGGAAAUGGUGGCAUCAGUCCCGCCGUGGCACCACGAAGUCCUGCUCCAAAAGUUGUCACCAUUGCCGACCCGGAAAUUUCGCCAAUCCUCGAGCCUGCUCACUCGAAGGAUGUGGAUGAUGAUGGCACCUUGACGCUUGAGCGCACUCCCUCAAAACAGCAGCAUCGCAUCAAGAUUGGCAAGCGCCUCUCUGGUCGGCCUCUGUCCGACCGCAACGCCUCAUCCGGCCAAAGCUUAGCCGAAAGUGCUCUAUCUGACAUCCUUGCCGAGGAUAGCGCUCAUUCGUCACACCGUGGCCAUGGCCACCAUGCUCAACAAUUGAUGGCCCAAGUCAGCGCCUGGUUGAAGCAGGAGAAGGCAAGAAGAGCAGCCCGCAAAGCCAGUAAACGAGCCCCUCCUCCUGAAUCAUCAGAGUCUGGCAUUCCAGAAAAAUCACUCAGUGAAUCUGCCGACGUACAAACCGACGGCGCAGCCGAAAACGAGGUGCGGCGGCCUUCUGAUGCGUCCGAGGGCUCGGUUGCUUUGGACGCACUCGAGCACAUUCUUGAGAAGGGCAUUUCUGCCAUCAGCCAUGAGGGCCGCAAGAUGCCUCAUCGGAUUGGUCGCAAGCUGAGACGCCAGUCGACAGCCGGCUCGUCUGACACCGAAUACCAAGAUGGUGACGUGCUUGUUCCAAGCUGUGAUGUCGUCCUUGACAACACCCGCACUCUCGCCUAUUCUGGAGGUGGUAUUGACGAAGACGACGAAGAUGAUCAAUUGACUCCCGGAACGAGGAAGGUCAAGGAGAAGCAGGCGUGGGCGACGUUCAAAUAUGAGAUUGUUCGGCUUGCGCACACCCUACGCUUGAAGGGAUGGCGCAGAGUUCCUAUGGACAGAAGCAGCGAUAUUGAGGUCGAGAGGCUUAGCGGAGCUCUCACAAACGCUGUCUACGUUGUUUCUCCUCCGAAAGACCUUCCACCUAGGCAAGGAGAAGAGGGUGAUAUCCACCCGCGCCCCCGUAAUCCUCCUCCGAAACUACUUCUCCGCGUCUACGGCCCCCAGGUCGAGCAUCUCAUUGACCGAGAAUCUGAACUUCAGAUCUUGCGCAGGCUGGCUCGCAAGAAGAUCGGCCCGCGCCUCCUCGGUACUUUUUCUAACGGUCGCUUUGAGGAGUUCUUCCACGCCCGCACGCUCACUCCCAGGGACCUCCGCAACCCGGACACCUCUGUUCAGAUUGCCAAACGCAUGCGGGAGCUGCACGAGGGUAUCGAUUUGCUCCCUCAAGAGCGCGAAGAUGGGCCUUUCAUAUGGAAGAACUGGGACAAAUGGGUUGAUCGUUGCGAGUACAUUUCGAAAUGGCUUGAUGCAGAAGUUUCGAAGUUGCAAGCAGGCUCCAAGCAAAGUGAGGAUAUCGGAUCGCUGGCCGAACUUGGGUUUGUCUGCGGCGUUCCCUGGGAUAUGUUCCGGCAGACGGUGGACAAGUAUCGGAACUGGUUGAAUGAACAGUACGGAGGAACCAAAGAACUCAAUGAGCGGCUAGUCUUCGCUCACAACGACACACAAUACGGAAACAUCCUCCGACUUAUUCCUCCAGGAGACUCUCCGUUGCUUCUUCCUGCCAACGAGCACAAGCAGCUUGUAGUCAUCGACUUCGAGUACGCGAACGCCAAUACUCCUGGAUUGGAGUUCGCCAAUCAUUUCACCGAAUGGUGCUACAAUUACCACGACGAGAAGGCGCCUCAUGCCGUCAACACGAAUGCAUAUCCUACACCUGCCGAACAACAUCGCUUCAUUCGAUCCUACAUCACCCACCGCCCUUUCCAGCCUUCUCACAGCAGCGAUUCUUCCACGACGCCCAGCAACGCCCGACCCCCUACGUUGACUCACAGUUCUUCCAUCUCAGCAUUCAUGCUAGAUUCGCGGGCUCCACCUCAGCAGCUCCAAGAGCAAGAAGAGCGUGAAGAAGCUGAGAUUGAGAAGGAGGUCAAGCGCCUCAUGGGCGAAACGCGCCUCUGGCGUCUCGCUAAUUCUGCGCAAUGGGUCGCGUGGGGAAUAGUCCAAGCUAAGCUCCCCGGCCUCCCCGACUUCGACAGCGAGACGAAAAAGAACACCGCCGUGAAUGGCGCAAUUCCUGAGGAAGAGCAGGACUACAUGAAUCCGCAGUCCGACCAGGGUGUGGGCGUGACGGACCCACCUUCAGAGGACCUUCAGGACAAGAAGGCGGAGGAGGGUGCGGAUCUGGGAGAUGCUGGCAGCUCGUCGGGCACGGCAGAGGAAGAGGAGUUUGAUUACCUGGGAUACGCAAACGAUCGCGCGAUGUUUUUCUGGGGUGAUGCGGUGAGGCUAGGCAUCGUCAAGGACGAUGAACUACCAGAGGAGUUGAGGCAGAGGCUCAAGGUUGUGGACUAUUAG